AUGAUCACACUUAAAGAACGUAUUAAGACUUUGUGGAAGAAUGGAGUUUGUAAAGUCCCGGCUCUUCAAAAAAUAACUGGCUUUCCUAAAAAAACACUAUAUAGAUGGGUUAAACAACUUGAAGAAACAAAUGACCUUAAACAAAAAAAUAGUGAACUAGCGGAAACCUUACAAAAACCUACUCUGGACUCAACAUUGCAGCUAGGACAGUUAGAAAUAAUCUCCAAAAGCUUAAGUAUACCUCGUUCGGUUUCCCUACUCACCGAAGAAGCCAUUAAACGUCGUAUUGCUUGGGCAAAAUCCCACCAAAGAAAAGGUUGGAAUAGCGUUAUUUUUUCCGAUAAAUCAACGUUUCAAAUGUUUCGUAAUACACCCAGGUUCGUUACAAGGAUGGAGAACCAAUUCCAAGUCGUCCAGUUGUAA